ACAGACUAAUGACGCCAUCCCCCAAGGUCCUCGUCCCCAAGGUCCCCAAAUUACCGAUUGAGAUCUGCGUAUCGCGACGGUAACCUUACCGAAAAAGAGCCCUACUGCGGUGGUGUAUUCUCAGUAUCCUCUCCUCCUCCUCCAUCACCACCAACUCCACUCUCGCGCUCUCUCUACCAACUCCUACUCGCUCCCUGUUCCAUACUACCUCUGAACUAUCCUGUUCGCCCACCAUCGCCUGUCACCCGCCUCUCAUGCUGGCCCCCAAGGUCCUCAUCCCAUCGCUUGCAGGCGGUCUGUCUUUUCUCUCUCCGACGUUCCUAUCGGCUGUUCUUCAUUCUUGGUGAUCUCUGCGCAUAGUCCAGUCGCACCACUGGCCUUCUAGCCUUCCCGUUGGACGAUCUCUGCAUUGCCUACCUUGAUUGCAAUUUGUUUUCAUUGGUAAGAGUGUCUCUCUUCCCGUUCGCGUGGUGUGGAGGGCAAGCUAACUUGCCACUUGCGUGCUCUGCGUCAGACAAAGACAGACACACCCCAGAUCAUCCUAUUCCUGUCCCCCCCGCCUCACAGCUCCUCUGGCGGUUUGCUCCGUUCAUCAUCCCCUCUCCAGUGUGACUGUUGCUUCAGCCUCGCGAUUGACUGGGGACUCUCUGUCUAUCAUCUCAAGCCUGUCGAUCGUCAAUCGACACCAUGGCUUCUCACACGAAGAAAGACGAUUUCUGUCUUGAAUGCCACUGGGAGGCAUUCCAUCUGGAUGGAAAGGAGGCAGAAGAUGCUUCGGAGGCGCAGUCAGUCCAAUGGAAUUGCUCCGACCAGGUACAUCACACCCCAGCACCGCCUUGCAAUGGGGAUGACGACUGCAAUGUCGAGGAGGACUGCUGUGAUGUUGACGACUGUUCAAUCACCUGUCCCUCCGUCUGUGACGGCUUCGUCGACUGCGGUGAUGCUGCAGUAUGCUCAGUCUCGCACUGCGACGAGGAUCAUUGCGAGAACACCGACCCGGUCUGCUUUGAUGAACACUGCUUCGGCACUGGCACCAACAUAGAUGGCGAACACAGUUUGGAGUCGCUGCUAGGGUUGGGAACACCUCUUAACCUCGACACCAGCGACCUACUAUCCCCGACCACCAUGCCACAGUCGCAGGUGGAGCAACCCAAGACCAUGACGCAACCUACGGGCAUGGUACCCUCUGCACCGACGAGUGAUGCAUUCUUCACUCCUUAUGCACCUGCAUCCCACUGUCACUCCCACAGUCAUCAGCAUUUUCACUGUCAUGAUAUAUCCAAGGAUGCUCACCAUGCAGCAAAUCCGUGGUUACCUCUGCAGAAUGCUGUCAACCCGGCGGAUGUAUUCCACAUGAUGUGCCCUGACCUGUCUGCGUGCCAUCAGUUCCACGUCCACGAAGUGCAGAACUGCCCUGAUCAGGGCAAACCUGCCGAUGAUGCGGCCUCGAACUCGUUCACCUGCUUCCACAUCCCUCACCAUCCCCACCACCACCACCCGCCGAACGAAGUGAAGAGCCCAGCUCCGACGCAGAAGCCAACCAAUAACUGGAAGCCAUGCCGCACGCAUGUUCAUCGGUGUCGCACACACGGACACCAUGUCCAUUCCUAUUCUCCCUACUCGCCGUACUCCCGCCAUUCGCGGUCCAGCGUGAGCUCGCAAUUGAGUCCGGGCGAGACGCCACCCCCGCUGGAAGGGGGUACGUCGUCCGUCUUGACCAGUCCGGAAUAUGUCCCCGAUACCGAGGUAUUCAUCUGCCGGUGGAUAUCGAAGGCUGACGGGACUCAGCUCCCCUGCGGCGCCACUUUCGCGGAUGCAUGCGGUCUGCAGGAACAUCUGGUGGCAAGCCACAUGGCGACCGUAGAUGGCGCCAAGGGUACGGGAUAUUACUGCUGCUGGGAAGGGUGUCAUCGGCCGGACGAGCCGUUUUCGCAAAAGUCGAAGCUGCAGGGGCAUUUCUUGACCCACAGUAAUUACAAAAACUUCAAAUGCUCAGUUUGCGGGAAGAUGUUUGCGCGACAGGCAACCUUGGAGCGGCACGAGCGGAGCCACCGAGGCGAGAAGCCGUACAAGUGUUCGGAGUGCGGGAAGUCGUUUACCGACAGCAGCGAGCUGAAAACGCAUUCGCGGACGCACACGGGCGAGAAGCCCUUCAAAUGCACGUACCCGGGGUGUAACUUCCAGACUGGCGACUCAUCAAACAUGUCCAGCCACCGAUUGACACACGGCGAGCGCCGACACAAGUGCCACCACGCCGGAUGCACCAAGAGCUUCACGCGACACGACCAACUUAAACGACAUUUAAGAACCACGCACAAAGAAGACAUCUCACUAGGUACUCCGAUGCCGGAUGACUUCGGACUUGCCUUCGCCGAAGUGGCGUGAGAGCAGCACAGACAGAUACCAGGCGCAGAUCAACGGGAAGGGAAUAUACAUACAUACGUGAUUUCUGAUACCGGAUGGGAUUGGAUAUAAAACGGAGUACGACGGCGAAACAGGACACUGAAUGAGCGAGUGAUUGAUGACUGGUUAAUUGAAAAUGGAUCAUUAUGAGUGGACGACACAUACCUACUGCUUACUAGUAUAUAUCCGACACGAGUUGAACAAACAGCCUCUACCUACUACACAUCUAAUGACAUAUUCACUACUACCACCUGAAAUCCCUCAUUCCAACACUAGAUUCCAUAACUAUCAUACACAUACCCCCACGU